AUGAUCAAUGACCUCUUUCUGCUUCUAGACCCUGGCAUCAGCAUAACAGCACUCAAUAAAACUGCUUGUGAUGCCUUUGGAGAGCAAGUUUGUCUCAUCAGAGUAACUCCUGGAAGGAAAAUCACUUUCCAAAUCUCUGUGUCUGGGGACUACCAGCCAUACAUGAUCAGUUGGUACAAAUUCUACUCUGCCCAAGGACCCCAGUUCCAUGGUUAUCGAAGGAGGCUGGAACUGACUGCUGAGCUGUUCCCAAAGAUGGCUCUGGCCAAUCACCAUCUGGAGCUGAAGCUGUUUUCUAUUGAUGAGGAUGAUUUUUACCCAAAUAUGUUCUGGGCUGAAUUGGCCACAGCAAGGUUGCCUGAUAAACAGGCAUGGAUUGAAGCUUAUGAUUUUACUGACUUCGAGAGGUUAAAUCCCUCCCACUUGAGAUACUUUUUUGUACUGGAAAGGCUGCCAAUAGAGGUUGGUGAGUUCUUGGAAGGAGAUACCAUUACCAUACAGCUGCCUCAGUCUCUCCAUCUGUCUCCCAUCAGCUUUGUGAAGUGGACCAAGCAGCCUUCCUCCCUGAUGCUCUUUGGUUCCAACACAGUAGUGCUGGCCAAUGGGACAGAGGGGAUUGAGAUGAAAAGAGUAAGGAAUAGUGAAUUUGGUUACAUCCGAGCUCUUGUCUAUGAUUUCAUCCCUGGUGUUCCUGGAAGGGUUGUGGUUGCCCAGAGGCUUUUCUUCAUAAAGAAGGAUAUCAGCAAAGUAUGCAGUGAGUCUUCGGGUGAAAAGUAUUGUCACUGUAACCCUGGAUUUGAGGGAAAUGGCAGCCACUGUGUGGACAAAGAUGAGUGUAUGGAAAGAAUGCCACGAAAGUGCCCCUCCAAGGCUAACUGCAUCAAUUUGUAUGGAUCCUACCAUUGUCGUUGCCCAGCAGGAUUUGAAGGAGAUGGAUUGUACAGCUGCACAGAUAUAGAUGAGUGUGCAAGAGGCACCCACAACUGCAAUCGGGAUGCUACUUGUCUGAACACUCUUGGCUCCUAUUUCUGCAUGUGUCAAAGUGGGUUUAUUGGUGAUGGAGUUCACUGUGAAGCAAAAAGCAGGUGGUUACCAUGGUCUCCGUGGUCUGUGUGCACAGUCACCUGUGGAUACCAGAACCAGAUACGGAUCCGCCUGUGCAACCAUUCAAAGAGUGGGAUGCACUGUGAGGGGUCGUCUGCUGAUGUCAAGCUCUGUCCCAGUCUGGAACCAUGCCCUACCAGAAUAUCCUUUGCAUGACAUGCCGCUUUUAUCCUGAUGUCAACUGAACAAAUUGGGACCCCAUUUAACUGCACCUUGUAUAGAUAUUUUCACCAGGGCAAAGUGGGUAUAAAGCACUUCUACAUCAGAAUGUCAACACUGCAUCAGCUUGCAUGGGUACAAACAGCUACAGAAGAUCCAGGGGUCUUAGUUGGCAACCUUAAGAACAGUCUUUCAUCUCCUGCAUUUGAUGGAGAGAGAACAUAAUUGGACUGGAUGUGGUCAUGCACUUGCCAGCAUGUUCACACACACCUUUUUAGAAGUCUGCCUUGCUUGACGAGGCUUGCUGAGCCAUGAUGUCACAUCCUCCCAUUGUGACAGUGUCACAACACUGGUGAUAACUGAGUAUGCUUUAACACCCUCCAAGCCUGGUUUGGAGUGUGUCCAGAAGCCUUAACAAUUAUAGAACAAGUGGUCACUCUCCACCAAGUUUCCAGAUGUGACAACCAAGACCAUAGCUUCAGCAAACUCAUAACAAGGAGUCAAGUGGAGACAUAGCUCUGCUAUAAGUGAGUGCAAUUCCCCUGGCUUCCGUGUCCUGACUUACUGUUUCCCAUUAUCCUCAAUGAUGUGAAAACCCAUUAGUAAAUCUCGGCACGUGCCAUGCAGGAACACUCCAACACACAUCACUACCCAUUCAGAAUGAAGGAAUUCAGGAUUUCUGAAUUCAGGAUCAAGGCGGAUGUCAGGCAUGAGGCCUAAGGCCUGUCACCUAAGUCAGGGAAGUGAGAAAAAACUUUUGUUUCCUUUCAGCAGCAAAGAGUCAGUGGUCAGCAUGGUCACCUUGGUCAGCAUGUUCACACACCUGCUCUGGGAUUAAGAAAAGAAUCCGGAUGUGCAAUAGUCCCACUCCCUCCCAAGGAGGCUUGCCCUGUGCUGGG